CAUAAAAAUAACAGUCGCGUAAUACUUUCAACUUGCUGCAUUCAUUCUAGUCUCUAGUAUGAUAUUUUAUUUUUAUUAUGUUUAACGCAGAAAUGAUGUGGAAGCCUGAAAAUUUCUUAAUCGAUCAAGACAGGGAUUGUGUAUAUAUCUAUUCUGUAUCUCUUAUCAUAGUAUUAGUCACGUGGUUGCGGAUGGUGUUUCAUUUCCUCGUGUACAUUCAAUACGUAAUAACAGUGAUAUGUGACGAAUCAAAUUAAACAAUAGUCGUUUCACAGUCUAAUUCUUGAACUGCGAUUUAAGUGGCUGAAAAAAAAUGGCAACUUCACCAACGCAUGUGAACGUGUUAAUCAACAGUAGCAUCGAUGACAAUGUUGAUAGUUGUGUUGAUAACGAGGGUGACAGAGAGAGGCUAUUAAAACCAAGGAACAAUUUUGCGUCAUACUCGAACGAAAAUGUUGAAGUUAGAUUUCGGAGUAUCCACAAUCCUAGUAGCUUAUCAUGUGAAAGUAUCAUAGAGGCAGUUUCUAAUAAUCCAAGGAGACUCAAUACGGAAGAGAUAACUCCUGGAGCAACCAAUUUCUUAUCAACAAAUUACGAGAGUUUAGAUUAUGAUCCAUGUGAGAAUCACCUUCUUCAAGAUGAAGAAAGAAAAAAAGGAUACAAAUUUGUGGUAAAAAAAAAUUUUGCUAGAUGGUUUAUUUUCCUAUUAAUAGGUAUUUGCACAGCGCUUAUAGCAUCCUUUGUAAACAUUUCUAUUGAGGAAUUAACAAACAUAAAAUAUGGUUUUCUCAAAACUUAUGUAGAUAAAUGUGUGGAGGACAAGUGUCUAUGGUUACCAUAUCUAAUAUGGUUAGUCUUAAAUUUUGUACCUGUUUUAAUAGGUGCUAUUUUAGUAGCUUAUGUGGAACCUGUCGCUGCUGGCAGUGGUAUUCCACAAGUAAAAUGCUAUUUAAAUGGAAUAAAAGUACCUCGAGUUGUUCGUAUUAAAACACUAGCAGUAAAAACAAUUGGAGUAAUUUGUACAGUAGUGGGAGGCUUAGCUGGUGGAAAAGAAGGACCUAUGAUACAUUCUGGAGCUGUGGUGGCAGCAGGAAUAUCACAGGGAAAAAGUACCACGUUUAAAAAGGACUUUCAAAUAUUUAAGUAUUUUAGAGAGGAUCAUGAAAAACGAGAUUUCGUGUCAGGAGGUGCAGCUUCUGGUGUAUCUGCUGCAUUUGGAGCACCAAUUGGGGGAGUAUUAUUCAGUAUUGAAGAGGGAACUAGUUUUUUUAAUCAAAGCCUUACAUGGAGGACAUUUUUUGCUAGCAUGAUUACAACAUUCACGUUAAAUAUUAUUCUCAGCACGUAUCAUGGACGACCUGGUGACCUUUCCUAUCCAGGCUUACUAAAUCUUGGAAAGUUCGAAACGAUACCCUAUCAAAUUUAUGAAAUUCCUCUAUUUAUGUUGAUGGGAGCAACGGGUGGAGUUCUAGGUGCUUUUUGGAAUCAUCUAAAUUAUAAAAUUACCUGUUUUCGAUUAAAAUAUAUAAAGAAGAAAUGGUUGAAAGUAAUAGAAGCUCUUUUGGUUGCUGGAUUAAGUGCAACAAUGGGAUUCCUAAUGAUUUAUUUCAUAAACGAUUGUAAACCUUUAGGAAAAGACCCCACUAAAUUUCCCAUUCAGAUGUAUUGUAAUGAGGGUGAAUACAGCGCAGUCGCCGCUUUAUGGUUUCAAACCCCAGAAAGUAGCGUUCGGUCUUUGUUUCAUGAUCCAAAAGGUUCUCAUAAUGAUCUAACAUUAGCAAUUUUUGUGAUUCUAUACUUCUUUUUGGCUGUUGCUACCUUUGGUCUAUCUAUGUCCAGUGGACUUUUUAUACCAUCUCUCCUUAUUGGUUCAGCAUGGGGAAGAUUAAUUGGCUCGGGUCUUACAAGACUUUUCCCAAAUUGCAUUGUUUUAGUUCCGGGAAAAUAUGCUUUAUUAGGCGCAGCUGCUCAGUUGGGAGGAGUAGUUAGGAUGACAAUAAGUUUAACUGCUAUACUCAUAGAAGCCACUCAAGGCAUAUCUUUUGGUUUACCAGUUAUAAUAGUUCUUAUUAUGGCUAAAUGGGUUGGAGACUUUUUUAAUGAGGGCAUUUAUGAUAUUCAUACACAAAUGGCUGGGAUUCCCAUAUUAGCAUGGGAAGCCCCACCGUUAUCAAAUAACAUAUAUGCCAGUGAGAUAAUGAGUCAUCCAGUGGUGACAUUAAAAACAGUAGAAAAUGUGGGGCAUAUAUUGGAACUACUUAAAUGUGUAACAUUUAAUGGUUUUCCUGUAGUAGAUCCACCUAGUAGUGAUGAGACUGAAAUAAACUCUUACGGACGGUUCCGUGGUCUGAUCUUACGUUCUCAAUUAAUAGUGUUAUUGCAAAAUAAAAUUUUCAACGAGUAUGCCGAAUAUUGGGAGAAAUCUUUAAGUAUUAAAAUGUUCAGAAAGGAAUAUCCUAGGUAUCCGACUAUUGAACAAGUCACCAUCUCUGAAGAAGAAAAAACUUACAUGAUUGAUCUAAGACCGUUUAUGAAUCCUUCUCCAUACACAGUAAAACAUUCUGCAACACUGCCUCGCACGUUUAGACUUUUUAGAGCUUUAGGUCUCCGCCAUUUACCGGUAGUGAAUGACACGAACGAGGUAAUUGGAAUUAUUACGCGAAAAGAUGUAGCUAGAUUUAGGAUAUGGAAACAUAGAGGAAGAAUGGGAUUAGAUGAACUUUUAAUCACUAAUAAAAUUUAAUUUUUACUUUUUUAUAUAAAUAUACAAUGACAGUUUACUAAAAAAGAUUUGACGAAAUAUUAUAAUAAUACAUAUAUUAUAAU